AUGUCCGACGGUGUCACCACGCAGCACGACUCCGCCACCGGCAGCUUCGCCGAGAGCAAGGGCAAGGGCAAGGCCGCUGAGCGCGUAAACGAUGAUGCCCAGAUGGAUGAGGAUGACGAGGACGAGGACGAAGAUGAAGAUGAUGAGAAUGAGAAUGAGGAUGAUUUUGACGAAGAGAACGAAGGAGACGACAUUGAAGACGGCGCCGACGAGGUCGACCUAGACAACAUUGUCGAGGGCGGUCGCCGAACCCGCGGCGCCAAGAUUGACUUUGCUAAAGCUGCUGCCGAAAACCCCGUCGACGACGAGGACGACGAAGAUGAUGAGGACUUUGAGCCCCCCGCUCAGGACACUGAAAUGUCUAGUUAA